AGAGCAAGAUUGGAUUUUCCAGGUGGAAGAGACUAUUGUAAAUUGAAAGUGACAGGACAUUAUAAGGUUUAAAUAUUCUGCCUAUCAAAAUGGAACAUAAUAUUGAUUGCGAGGAAGAUCCACUGAUAUGUCAAUAUGCUGAAUUGAUAGAACAAUUAGGAAAAAACACUCAAAAAAAGAGACUAGCAAUAUUUGAUAUUUUUGAAUUUAUAUGUCAGAAUAGUAUAUCAGGUGAAAUUCCUUUUAAGAUACAUAUUGUUGGAUCGUCGGCUGAGGGUGUUACAGCUUUAGACAUUUUCACUUUGGAAACUGAUAUAGAUUUAAUGUGUGAUUGUUCCUGGUUUCAAGCUUAUGAAAGACGAGAAAUUCUUGGAAAUAAAGAUCAAAUGAUUUUUAGAAUGGAUAGCGAAGGGGCAGUUCCAGGUUAUGCUUACUUAAAAUUACAAAUUUUUGAUGAAACUACAAACACAACUUACGAAGAAAGUUUACCGUCUACCGACAUACUUUUACUAGGUUCAACAUUAUUUAACAUUGAUUUACCCAUUCAGAACAUGUUUAGUCUUUUUGGGGCGCCUUGUAUAUCCAAUGGAUACUUGAACGGGCCAUCCUUAGCAAUGGGGAUUUUGACACAAGGAAAUUUUCUAACCAGUUCUUUUCCAACAUUCAUUAAAUCUUUCGACCGGGUUUUUGCAAUUAAGUGUAAUGAGUGGCCAAUGAUCGCUGAUGAAUGGAUGGAAAGAGAAAGACACUUUAGCUGGCCAUCAGGGGAAAUAAUUGCAAAAGCUAUAGAAUUAGGCUGCUAUUUAGUACCUAUCGGCAAAGAUGACAAAUUUGAGUGGCGAAUUUCUUUUGUAUUAGCUGAAAAACUUCUGGUUCGAAACAUGAAUCCAAUGCAAACUUUUGUAUAUUCAUUUCUCAAAUCCAUUAAAGAGGAGAUAUUUUCACCAGUCACGUCCGGAAUUACUUCAUACAUACUAAAAACAGUAUUAUUCUGGGUGUCAGAGGAGAAUGAUGUGGCAAAUUGGCGACCCUGGACUGUUCUGCAACACGUUCGUUUAUGCUUCUUAAAGCUAACUGAGUUUUUAUGCUUCGGAAAAUGUCCACACUACUUUAUGAAAUCUUGCGAUUUGUUUUACAGAAAAAUGUCCCAUGUGGAAAUUGUCGAGCUUAUUGCUAAAUUGACAAAUAUGACGAAUUCUAUGAAUUUUAAAUUAGCUAUAAUCAAUUUGAAAUCCAUUAAACUUCUUAGCAAGAAUGCAUUUUUACCAAUCAUGCCAAUGUUAAAGAACUGGAUGGAAACAAUGCCUCAGUUAAAUGGGAAAGUUAUGUCGAGAUUCUGCGAUGAACUUUCCCAAAAUUGUGUCGAAACACUAUUCAAUAACGUCGACGUACAACGUCCAGAGCAGAUAAUGGUGAUAAUUGCUAAUGUACUGAGGAAAGUAAAAAGAUAUGACAAUGAUUUAUCCGUGUCAUUCAAAGAUACUUUAAUACGGAUACUAUCCUGUUUGCAAAUUCGUGCAACAUGCGCAUAUGAGUUUCAGACACUGACUGGACCUAAUAGUGCCAAAACAAUUGACGACAAUUUUCAAUUAGUGAGUCACUUAAUUAAGCAAUCAAAAUUGCAAGUCGAAACAUUGUGUCCUGGAGAUUUGACACAAAUAGCUCACACAUUCUUUUCCGUUGGUUGCUUUGAAAACUGUUUAAAGAUUAUAUCAACUAUGUUAGAAAUGUUGAAAACAAAAUUCCAGACAAAAAUUGGUUCUGUUAUGUCUUUGUGUCAAGUUUACAUGUCAUUGAUGUUUGGGGAAAGUGAUGCAUCUUUUGCCUCUCCCGCACGUCCUCUAACACAGAUAGAGUUCUUUCCAUUUGAAGUGGAGAUGUUGACAAAGGACUUGAAAUUAGAAAUUGUGACAUUAGAAAUGCAGAAUGAAAAUUUGAGGAACAGCUUUCCAGUGCCAUUUCUUUUUUCGAAAGUUCGUGCAAGACUGCAAGUUAACCCUCUGGUCUAUGCUUUUUAUUUGAAAUUUCAAUGUUGUCGAUUUCUUGUAGACAAUCAGGGGUCGUGGUCUGUUCUGAGGGAUUUUGAAGAAAGUGCAUCUUCGGGAAUCUUUCAGAAUGCAAUAUCCUUUAAUCUUCUUGGGUGUUGUUUAAAGGAAAAUGGACAUUUUGAGAAAGGAAUUCAAAUGUUCGGACGAUCGAUUCAGAAAAACAAAGAAUUGCUUGGAACAAAGUAUCAAACUGCAAUAUUACUGAAACAUGCUUUCAACUCUUAAAUCAUUUUAUUUUAAUUCUAGAUUGACUUUAUUGU